AUGGUUGCAGUUGUGUAAUUUCUGCACCAAACAAUGUAUUUAAAUUUGUAGAUUAUUAAUAUACUAAAAAUAAGUUAAAAUCGAAAGAAAUGUUGGUUAUGGGGUUUCUGCAAUAAACAAUUCAAUUGUUCCAUUAAUUCCUCAUUAACCAGAUUAUGAUCUUCAUCUUUCUUGUCAAUUUCGGAUGUAGAACAAUCUGAACAUGCCCAUUUAAUUUGUUGUUUUUUUACUUUUUCAUAAAUGUUAUUUGAUUCAUCAAUACAUUUACAAUGAAACCACUGUAAACAAACCUUACAUAGAACUGCUUUACUGUUCUUAGAGACAUUUUUUAAACAUUUUCCACAGGAGUAUUUGGGUCCUUUCUUCAUCAUUACCACUAUAUUAUCUGUAACACAAAUAAUAUCCUGCUGUAUAACUAAACAACAGUCGGUAAGUGAAACAAAAACAAAAAAACUAAUUAUAAAAUUCCCUUAGAAUAUAUAGCAAUACCUAUAAUUUAUUAAAAAGCGGACAGCUUUUCAAUAAAUCAAUUCAUAAAUAAGUGUCAGUAAUCUUCAAAAUUGUCUUGUACAAAAAAAAAAAAAAAAAAAACUUUUAAAAAAUUAUUUAAAUGGUAGUAAAUUGCUAAAAGUUUAGCUAGAUUACUGAUAUUCGGUAUAAAAAUAAAAGUCCUCACUAGGAUUUGAACUGAUGAACUUCAGGUUGGGUGUCUACUACUCUAUCAGUUGUGCUAUCACUAGCUGAUAAGAAACUUGAGUCAGAUAGUAUCCUUCUCUUCCACCUGUUAGUUCAAGCAUGUGACAUUUCCUGUGAAGUAGUGUAGUUCUCAAUAAAUAAUAUUAUAGCAAGCCACAUUGAUUACUGUUUGUUUUUUGUCUUUCUUUAAUAUAGUAAUAAUUUGCCUCUAUGGUGCUGAGUACAUACAGUGAAAAUUACAGAAGUUCAAACAUGACCAAGCUGGCACCCAAGAUGGAAUAGAGAUGCUGAUGAUGCAAGAGUUAGCUGAGAGGGUAAACUUUUCUUGGACUUUUGUAGACCCUCAUGGGGAUUGGGGGAACAUGCUCCCUAAUAUGUCUUGGAUAGGAGGCGUGGCUGGAACUUUGGAAAGUGGAGAUGCCGAUUUAGGGUUUUGCAAUAUUUGGAAUAUUCUGCCUUAUUCAGUCCCAGUAGAUUUCGGCCCUCCAUGGAAUGUAGUUUAUCCAGGAUUUUUGGUCCCAAGACCGCACUUGGUCUAUGGCUACUGGAUUAUAAUGAUUCAGCUUUUUGAGAAGACAGUCUGGAUUAUUCUCUUGACAACGUUUGUUUCCAUUUCUUAUCUCUUGUGGAAAUCUAGAAGUCCUCCAAACAAUAAUAAUAUAUCAGGUGCAGUUGAAAGUUUCCUCAUAGUAUUUGGCAUGACAAUUGGUUGCACGUGUUAUAUUCCAUCAUCAGUGAAGAUCACCCGCCAGAUUAUAUCUUUCUGGUCUCUUCUGAGCUUUUUUGUCUCUGCUAUCUUCAGCAACACCAUCCUUUCCCGUCUGAUGGUCCCCUACCACACAUCCCCACUAGACAGUGUGAAAGACUUGGUGAAGAGUAACUUCCAGUGGGGUGAACCUGGGUUUGAAAAUAUAAGUGAAAGAGAAGUUUACUUCAAUCUGGAGGAUCCCUGGCAGAAAAAGUUUGAAAGCCGCUAUCAAGAGCUGACGAGAAACACUUCUAGAACAGCACUGCUCUCUGGGAAAUUUGCAUUUCCAGUGACUCGCCUAGGCCAUGACUAUGUCUUUGUGAACAUCGUUGGAGUGAACCAGACCAAGGAUUUUAGAGGAUUUAGGGUGAUGAAACAGCCCUUAAAUGAGUUCUAUGUAUCUCUAGUCUUCAGCAAGCAUUCACCAAUAUUGGAAAUCUGCAGAGAAAAACUCCAGAGGUUUUUCCAGGUGGGACUAGUAAACUACUGGAAGAAAGAUGUUAUUCUCCGUCAUGGCAAUGCGGACAUAGAGCAGCUGCUGUAUGAUUCUUCCACAGAAACUGUGGUAAAUUCAUUUGAACCUCUGACACUUAGUAACAACCUUGCUGCAUUCAGAAUCCUCCUAAGCGGUCUAAGUUUGGCAGUUCUAGUAUUUGCUUUUGAACUAUUAAGCAGUCCACAGACUUAAUG